GCAAUGGUUCUAUCAGUGUUGCACUGAAUUUGGUUUCUUUAAGACCACGGAUUCAAAGGACCAGCCCUUCAAUGGACUGCCUCUCAGUUAUUAUGUUCAGCAAUGUUCAGAUUUCUUUGGCCCUAAGUUUAAUCUCGAUUCACUGAACAUGGGUGUUAUGUCCACCAACUUGUACUACCGUGGCUUCAAUGUGAGAGGAAGCAAAAUCAUCUUUUCCAGUGGUUCCUUUGACCCUUGGCACAUUCUGGGAAUCACAAAGGAUAUCAGCAAAGAUUUGCCUGCUAUCUUCAUUAAAGGUGAAGGACAUUGUUCAGAUUUGUCCGAACGUAGGGAUACUGAUUCAGCUGAACUAAUUCAAGCACGAGAAAAAAUCUUCCACAUCCUGCAAAAAUGGCUGAAGUAAUAGAUGUCUCUGAAAAAUAAAUGCAACAGAACCCAAAAUCUGCCCCCCCCCCAUUUUAUUGCUCAAAUGUAAAUGUACUACAAAGGUGAAAUUAACGCAGUCCCAAGAGUCUAAUUAUGUAGGAUUUAAGUUUGUUUCGUUUUCAUGGAAGGUCAUAUUAUUCCUCCUUUCCUGCUGGCCUUGAG